AAGAGAGAGAUGGAGAAAAUCUGUUGACAGUUAAAGAGUCACCCCAAACCACCGACUGGAUUUAUAAAAAAUAGAUAUUAUUUACUUUAUUCAUUUUUGUAUUUUUGUUUUUUGACAUCGGAGGAGCUCUUGAGGCUGUUGUAAGUUAAAUUUGCGCCCCAUAAGGAAAGGCAGAUGCUGUUUUCUACAUAAAAACAUGGCAACGACUGAGGCACAGAUUAUGUUGAGCGUCGGAUUAAUAGAGAAAGAUGUGAACGGAGACUCUCUGUGGGUUUGGUGUUAUCCGUCUGUGAGCCCUGAGCUGCGGCAGCUGCUUCUCAGGAAGUGCUGCCUGACGCAGGAAGGACGGGACUUCCACACGUUUGUGUUCGGUCACUUCAGUCGGACCUGGUACUACAUCACCACGGUGGAGGUCCAGGAGCCCACGGCGCUGACUAAGGUCACUCAUUUUUCAGUUGCUAUAACAGCGAAAGACUUCAACCCGGAGAAGUACGCAGCUCUCGGUAGAAUCCUCUGCAGGAUGUACAUGAAGCACGGCAGCCCGGUGACGAUGAUGGAAGCCUACAUCACCGUCCUCACCAAAGGGAUCUGUCAGAGCGACGAAAACGGCUCGUUCCUCAUCAAGGACUACGAUGUCCAGACGGCGUACCUGGCGGGAUCGAUCAAAGAUGUUGUUUCUCAGUUUGGUGUGGAAACCGUCAUCUUGUACACCGCCCUGAUGCUGAAGAAGAGGGUUGUUGUCCAUCAUCCUCGGAUCGAAGCGCUGUUAGAGUUUAUGAGAGUUCUGCCGGCACUGACCUGGCACCGGAAGGACUGGUCCAUCCUGCAUCCGUACGUCCACCUGAUGGACGAGGAACUGGAGGACUUAAAGACGUGUCCAGGGUAUGUAGCGGGAUUCGUGGAUCCGGAUGUGAGCAACAGAUCGGACUUGUUCGACGUGUUCGUGAACCUCCCGGACGGCGUGAUCACGGUGUCUCAGGGCGCUAAAGAGGCCAUGGCGAUGGGGAAGCUACACAAAGACAUCGCUCAACUCAUCGUCAGGUCCGCCGAGGACGCCGAGAGGUCCGACAGUCAGGUCAUCAAGGACAUUUCCAUCAAGACUAAAGAAGUUCUGACCCACCUGGCUGCGCUGACAGAAAAGUGUGAGAACUCUAAAAUCACCCUGGAAGACUUGAAGCAGCGUCUUUUCCCUCCAGCCACAGAGAACUUCCUGUUUCACCUGGCGGCCGCGGAGCAACUCUUACAGAUAUGACCAUCGACACCUGAAGACGUUUUUAUGUUUCACUCAAUAAGAGAAAUGUUGCAUCAGGAGACUCUGCCUCGUGU